GCUGCUUUUCAUUUUCGGUAAUAAAUAAAUAGGUAACCAUGAAGUUUGUUGUAUUGUUGUGUUUCGUAGGGUUUGUGGUUACCUGCCCUGUUCCUGAGACCAGGACCAGAGAAGAUAUAGACUCGUUUAGGACUUUCCUUGAAAAUACUCGUAAAGACGAUGGCAAGACCCUUGAGGAGCGUAUGGCUGCCAUCCCCAAGGCCAAAGAGUGGGAGAACAGCGGGAAAUACCAGGGAGACAUCAUCUUAGACGACGAGACGAUAGAUGGCAUGGUUGACGCCUACAUGGGAAGGAAUGCCUACAUCUGGCCUAACUCUAAGUGGCCAGCUGACACUGUUGUGUGGGAAUUCGGGGAAGGGGAAUUUGAUCCCAUGCAACAAGCAGCCAUAAUAAGGGGCAUUGAGGAGAUCGAGAGGAACACGUGCAUUAAAUUCCGACUAAGGAAUCCAGAAGAACAGAACUACGUCAGACUUACGGGCCGAUCAGAUGGCUGCUACGCUCACGUGGGCUACUGGCAAACACGCGGCGUCCACACCUACAACCUGGCCAGGAACACACCAGGCAAUGGGUGCUUCCGCCACACGACCAUCAUCCACGAGUGGCUGCAUAUCAUCGGCCUUCUGCACAUGCAGUCCACCUACAAUAGGGACAACUACCUGGACGUCAAAUGGGAGAACAUGUGGCCAGGUAUGGAGCACAACUUCGACAAAUACGACACCAACGUGGUCAGCAACCACGGCCUGCCUUAUGAGUACGACAGCAACAUGCAUUAUAACGGCUACGGCUUCAGUAUCAAUGGAGAACCCACCCUGGUCCCCUAUUAUGAUUACCUGAAGGUGAUGGGGCAGGUCCAGUACGUGACGUCCGUAGACUGGUUGAGGGUCAACAGACACUACAACUGCCCAGGCGCAUGGUGGUAAUAGGAUAUGGAAAACUGAAGUAUUUAUAAGAAUGGAUGAUUGUUUAAAUAAAAUGUUUAAAAUA